CUUUCCAUCUCCCUUCCUUCUGUGUCUCUCCUUUCUCACCAUUUGUCUAUCCCCUCACCUUUUUUUAACCAAAAAAAAAAAAAAGGACCAAGAACAAGAAAGGAUUAUAGAAACCCUAUAAACAAAGGCGUAUAAUAUAAUCAAAUCUUUAGCCUUUGUUGGUGUAUUAUUUUUUUUAUAUAAUUUUAUUUUUUUCUAUCAUCCUUUGCGUUUGAUCUGGCCAUGGCGGGUCUUGAUCUAGGCACUGCUUUUCAAUACGUGAAUCACCAACAGAUCCAUCGACCCGAUCUCCACCUCCAACACCAUCCAUCCUCCGACGAUGACCCCGCCUCCUUGUCCGGCGACAACCACUACCACGCCGGCAACAUCGCCGCCGCAUCUGGCUCCGUCACCAACGUCCCCAUCCGUCAGCCCUCCGCCGCGGGCGUCGUCACUCUCCAGGGAACCUUCGAGAUCCUCUCCCUCUCUGGCUCGUUCCUCCCCCCGCCGGCGCCGCCGGGAGCUACCAGCUUGACGAUAUUUCUGGCGGGAGGGCAAGGUCAGAUCGUUGGCGGCAGCGUCGUUGGCGAACUCACAGCAGCUGGGCCGGUCAUCGUCAUGGCCGCUUCCUUCACCAAUGUCGCCUAUGAGAGGCUUCCUCUUGAAGAGGACGAGGCUCUUGGAGGCGGCGGAGAAGCUGCCAACGGAGGAGGUAAUGUUUUCCCCGACGGCGGAGGGCUUCCGUUCUUAAAUUUUCCCAUGAAUAUGGCGCCGAGCGUGCAACUUCCGGUGGAGGGUUGGCCGGGAAACCCCAGCGGAAGACCUCCCUUUUGAUGUAUAUAUACAUAUAUGUGUAUGUGUAUUUACAUACAUAUAUACCACGGAGGAGGAGGAGCGUCUCCGGCGAUCGGAAAUGUGGAGAAAAAGGUGAGAAAUAUGUUUUGAUUAAUGGGCUGAUAAAUUUUAAUGUCAUCGUCGUAAUUGGAGACAUCAUCAUGUUGUUGUUCUCUUUUAGUUCAUUUAGGUUUUCUUUGUAGAAUUUUAUGUCUCUUUUGUUCUUCUUCGUCAUGUGAACAGCUUGUGUGAAGAUUGUGUCUUCCUUGUACUUGUUUGUACACCGAUGAAAUCAAUUCACAUAGCAUCUAUCAUCUUUACUUAA